AGGUUGGUUUGCACACGCAUCUGGAGAGAGUCGGUGAUUCUCAUUCCGAAUUCCAGUACUCGCCUGGCUUAUAUUCAAAUUCUGCCGUCGUGCCUCGAUCGUGGUGCACUGAGCUCUCAAUCAGUUGACUAGGACUGGACGCAGUCGCCGACGGUUCCCUCACAGCAAGUACCAUAACUCGCCGUUUUUGUUUCCGUAAUCGAUUACAACUUGCCGUUUUCUGCUUCCGUAGUCGUCGCUUAUCGCCCGCCAUGUCGCGACGCUAUACCUAUUGCCUAGCCUCCCUCAUCUUCCUCUGCACAUUCCUCUGCCUGAUCUCCGCCAAAUCUCAACCACAAGCCGGCAUCGCAGCGUCUCAUUCGCAACGCGCAGCCGACACGCAACGGCGGCAUGGCGGCUUCCGAACACCGCGUUUCUCGCCGAGUCACCGCACCCUCCUAGUAGACACGCCUUCCGCCGAACCAGCCGCUAGAAACGAAGGUUCAGGCCUUCCAGGCGAAGGUUUGGCCGAUCAAGGCGAAGAAUCUUACAUAGUGCGCGCCGAGCCGGUCCCGAAACGCAUUCUUAGAGUCGCAUCCCCGGAGCCCGCGCAACGUGGGAGACGACAGCUGAACGCAGCGGAGGGCGCAGCGGCGGAACGGGGGGGAAGCGGAAAGAGUGGGGAGAGCGGAGAGAGCAGGGAGACGUGGACGGAAGCGGAGGAGCAGGAGCUCGUCAUUCCCAAGGGUGUGGCCGGCGGGGCCGGGGGCGGUGGGGGAAGCUCGGGGGGAACGAAGAAGAAGCGGGGCGGACCGAAUGGCGGAUGGACGCUUGCGAAAGAGCGGAGGGUUUCGUUUUCGUCCGCGCAGGAGAUGAAAAUCGGCAACGGGCAGUUCGGAAAGGGCGGGAAAGUGACGUACCAUGGCGGCCCGGUGAUGGCCAGGUCGCCGAUUAAAGUGUACCUCAUCUUCUACGGCGACUGGGACAAAACGACCGUGGACCUGUUUCACAAGUUCGUGAGCUCUAUAUCGGGGAAAUACAAGACGCCCAAGGACCGUUACAAUGUUACCAGGUGGUGGGGGCUCACGGCGGCCGGCACGCAGGCGGACGGAAAGCGCGUGAGCGCGACCGUGGCGCUGGGGAAGUCGGUGCUGGACCGGAACUACGUGUCGGGCGGCGGGAAGGUUCUGCGCAACUACCAGAAGGACGUCGUAGCCAUCAUCAACUACCACCUGCGCGCCAAGCUGUUGCCGUUCGACACGGACGGCAUCUACAUGGUGAUGACGGAUCCGACGGUGGAGGUGAAGAGCAGCGACCCCAGGGACGGCUUCUGCACGCGCUUCUGCGGGUACCACAGCUACGGCCAGGACGCGCUGGGGAAGGCCUUGAAGUUUGGAUUCGCGGGGCACUCGGCUCGAUGCCCCUCGCAGUGCACCCGGCCCCUUCCCUAUGAUACGUUCAAUGGGGUCAAUGUCGACGCCACCUUGUCCACAUUCGCGCAUGAAAUAGCGGAGGUGGCCCAGGACCCACUGUUCACGGCAUGGUAUGACUACGAUCAAGUGGAGGGAGCUGAUAAAUGCACGUAUGUUUACGGGGAUGGGUGGGUGAAUCCCCGGAAUUCAGCGGCUUAUAACUUGAUGGGAAGGAGGGGGUCGAGGUUUUUGAUCCAGUCUAUGUGGAGCCUUGAUAAGCAGAUGUGUGUACAAUAGGAUGGCAUACUUCAUUUACACAGCAGGGUAUUGGUGCUUCAUCUAUACAGGACUUCGCAUUUAUUAUGCGUUGUUUUGACUUGCUCCUAUUGAUAAUAAUACGCGAAAGGCUAC